ACACCGGAGUCACUUCCGAAGAGAGAAGCGCCAUGAAGAUAGAAGGGGGUGCCGCCCACCUCUGCUCCGACAGCCUCCCCAGGUCCCAGCAGCAAGACGGCAACCACGCACCCAACUUCUCCAGCUACGGCUCAUGCCGCCGUCGCCAGCGGCGCCGACAUGACAAGGCGCUGCAUGCUCGCUAGGCCAGGUUUCCCCUCAUCCCCAGCCCCGGGGUCGUCGCCCCCGCGCUGCCAUCUGAGACCCGGUAGUACCACCCCUGCUGCAGCGGGAAAGAGAACAGAGAGUCCUGGGGACAGGAAACAGUCAAUUAUAGAUUUCUUCAAACCAGCUUCAAAACAAGACAGACACAUGUUGGAUUCACCACAAAAAUCAAACAUCAAAUAUGGAGGAAGUAGAUUGUCCAUCACUGGGACAGAGCAGUUUGAAAGGAAACUAUCCUCACCAAAAAAAUCUAAACCCAAAAGGAUGGCACCAGAAAAGAGCCCUAUUAUCGAAGCUUUCAUGAAAGGUGGUAAAGAGCACCAUAAAGAUCAUGGUGUACAUGAGUCACGUCGGCCUUGUGUAUCACUAGCCUCCAAAUACUUAGCCAAAGGAGCAAAUGUCUAUGUUCCUUCUUCAUAUCGCUCGCCAAAGGAGAUGAAGCCACUAAAGAAAAAACAUCGAUCCCCAGAGAGAAGGAAAUCACUAUUCAUUCGUGAAAAUAGGGAGAAGAAUGAUAGAGAUCGAGACAAAACCAAUGCAGACUCCAAAAAGCAGACCACGGUGGCAGAAGCUGACAUUCUCAAGAACAGCUCCAGAAGUCUCAGCAGCAGGAGCAGCCUGUCCAGGCACCACCCAGGAGAAAGCCCAUUGGGAGCUAAAUUCCAGUUGUCACUAGCUUCUUACCGCAGAGAACGAGAACUAAAGAGGUUGAGAAAGAAGCAAAUGGAACAGAGAAUCAACUCUGAAAAUUCUUUCUCAGAAACAAGCAAUCUUUCCCUUAAAUCUUCUAGUAUAGAAAGAAAAUACAAACCAAGGCAGGAGCAAAGUAAACAGAAUGACGUCAUACCUAGAAAGACUAAUCUUUCAAAUGUGGAAAAUGGACAUCUCUCAAGAAAAAGAUCCUCUUCUGAUUCAUGGGAACCUACUUCAGCAGGCUCUAAGCAGAAUAAAUUCCCUGACAAAAGAAAAAGGAACUCUGUGGACUCAGAUCUGAAAAGCACAAGAGAAUCUAUGACACCAAAAGCAAAAGAGUCCUUCCUUGAGAAGCGUCCUGAUGGACCACAUCAGAAAGAAAAAUUUAUAAGACAUAUUGCACUCAAGACACCUGGUGAUGUGUUGCGCUUAGAAGAUAUAUCCAAGGAACCGAAUUACGAAACUGAUCGCUCUUCUGCAGGCUUGGCACCUGCAAAUUCCGGCCACCAUUCUUCCAGGAACAGUGACCAAAUCCGAAUGGCAAGUACCAAAGAGACUAAGAUGCAGAAACCCCACUUACCUUUACCUCAGGAGAAUUCUGCAGCUAAAAAAGCUAGCAACCUUCAGAAAAAUAAAACCGCUAGCUCCGUAACAUCAAAGGAGACAAAACUACCUUUACUUUCCCAUGUUCCAAGUGCUGGUUCCUCUCGGGUACCAUUAAAUGCUAAAAAUUGUACUCCUCCAGUUUCUAAAAGAGACAAAGAGCGUUCCUCAUCUAAAGAAUGUUCUGGGCAUUCUACAGAAUCCACCAAACACAGGGAACACAAAGCAAAGACUAAUAAGGCCGAUUCUAAUGUAUCUUCAGGGAAAUUUUCUGGGGGAUCUUUGCGCUCAGAAUAUGGCACUCCUACAAAGUCUCCCCCAGCUGCUUUGGAAGUUGUGUCAUGUAUCCCAAGCCCUCCAGCACCUUCAGAUAAAGCCCCUUCAGAAAAAGAGAGUUCAGGAAAUUCUAAUGCGGGUAGCAGUGCACUGAAAAGAAAACUAAGGGGUGAUUUUGAUAGUGAUGAAGAAAGUUUAGGUUACAACCUAGACAGUGAUGAGGAAGAGGAAACAUUAAAAUCACUGGAAGAAAUAAUGGCUUUGAACUUCAAUCAGACUCCUGCACCUACAGGAAAGCCUCCUGCUCUUUCCAAGGGGCUUAGAUCCCAGUCAUCAGACUAUACAGAACCAGUUCAUCCUGGAACUUACACAAAUACCUUAGAGCGUCUAGUGAAGGAGAUGGAAGACACACAAAGGCUAGAUGAACUGCAGAAGCAACUACAAGAAGACAUAAGGCAAGGCCGGGGCAUUAAAUCCCCACUCAGAAUUGGAGAAGAAGACAGUACAGAUGAUGAGAAUGGCCUCUUAGAAGAGCACAGGGAAUUUCUAAAGAAAUUUUCAGUUACAGUUGAUGCUAUUCCUGAUCAUCACCCAGGUGAAGAAAUAUUUAACUUUCUCAAUUCUGGAAAAAUUUUCAAUCAGUAUACCUUGGAUUUAAGAGACUCUGGUUUUAUUGGACAAAGUGCUGUAGAAAAACUUAUUCUUAAAUCAGGAAAAACAGAUCAAAUUUUUUUGACAACACAAGGUUUCCUCACGUCUGCUUAUCACUACGUCCAGUGUCCUGUACCUGUGUUAAAGUGGCUGUUUCGGAUGAUGUCAGUUCAUACAGACUGUAUUGUGUCCGUGCAGAUUUUAAGUACAUUGAUGGAAAUAACAAUUAGAAAUGAUACCUUCAGUGACUCACCAGUUUGGCCCUGGAUCCCAUCAUUGUCUGAUAUAGCUGCUGUGUUUUUCAAUAUGGGGAUUGAUUUUAGAUCUUUGUUUCCUCUGGAGACUCUUCAGCCAGACUUUAAUGAAGACUAUCUAGUUUCUGAAACACAGACAACACCAGGGGGAAGAGAAAGUGAAGAUUCAUCUUAUAAGCCAAUUUUUUCAACUCUUCCUGAAACCAACAUUUUAAAUGUGGUUAAGUUUCUGGGUUUGUGUACAUCUAUACAUCCAGAAGGUUACCAUGAUCGUGAAAUAAUGUUGCUGAUUUUAAUGUUAUUUAAAAUGAGUUUGGAAAAACAGCUGAAACAGAUUCCUCUAGUAGACUUUCAAAGCCUCCUGAUAAACCUGAUGAAAAACAUCAGAGAUUGGAACUCAAAGGUGCCUGAACUCUGUCUGGGCAUAAAUGAACUCUCUAGUCAUCCCCACAACCUUCUGUGGUUGGUACAGCUGGUCCCUAAUUGGACAUCACGUGGAAGGCAACUGAGACAGUGCCUCAGUCUAGUGAUUAUUUCAAAGCUUUUGGAUGAGAAACACGAAGAUGUUCCUAAUGCCAAUAAUCUGCAGGUAUCAGUCCUACAUCGCUAUCUUGUACAAAUGAAGCCUUCUGAUUUGUUAAAGAAAAUGGUCUUAAAGAAAAAGGCUGAACAACCAAAUGGCACUAUUGAUGACAGUCUUCAUUUAGAACUUGAAAAGCAGGCAUAUUACCUGACCUACAUUCUUCUUCAUUUAGUCGGUGAAGUUAGUUGUUCUCAUUCUUUUUCUUCUGGACAACGGAAACACUUUGUGCUGCUCUGUGGGGCUUUGGAAAAGCAUGUUAAAUGUGAUAUUAGGGAAGAUGCAAGACUUUUUUACAGAACUAAGGUGAAAGACUUGGUCGCCAGGAUACAUGGAAAAUGGCAGGAAAUAAUCCAGAACUGUCGGCCUACUCAGGGGCAGCUUCAUGACUUCUGGGUACCAGAUUCUUAAUAGGAGUACAGCAGCAAAAAAUAUCAACCAAGAGAAAUUCAGUAAGAGCCUUCCUUAGAGGAGUAGAAAGAGUUAUUACAGAAUCCAAUGGAAUGCCAAGAAAAUAUACAGCAAAUAUGCCACUUGAAUAUCUAGUAUGAAGCUGGUAAUGAAGAAAUUGCCAUUUCCGAAGCAGAUAUGAAAUGUGAUCUGCUUAAUUGUUAAGGCAACUGACCUUUUAAAAGAGCAGACUCUUAAUAAAACAGGGGAGGGGUAGAAGCAGCUAAUAGUCACAUGUCUAAACUGCCCCAGUAACUCCUCUUAUUAAAUUAUAAGCCAGUUAUCUUUUUUAGAUAGUAUUUUUGUCACUUGCAUAAUCACAGGAAAUAUAUAAGAAAGAGCUUGGACCAGCUUGAGAAGUUGGACAUGGAAAUCAAGACCAAGUUCCAGUUGGGUUUCAUUUUCCCUCUUGGUUAUUUUAGGACACAAAGGGAAAGCUUAAAAUUGAGUUUAGUAAAAAAAAAAAAAAAAAAAAAAAAAA